ACAGCGCCCUCCCCAGUCUGGAGGGGACGUGACGCUGUUGCCGGGAAGAUGGCGGCGGCGACUCUCCCGUCGUCAACGGCGGGAUCAGCCACGGCGAUAGCCACGUCAGCAGCUCUCGGAGAGGUGGAAGAUGAAGGGCUCUUGGCGUCUCUGUUCCGAGACCGCUUCCCCGAGGCCCAGUGGCGGGAGCGGCCUGAUGUGGGCCGCUACCUCCGGGAACUGAGUGGCUCGGGGCUGGAGCGGCUGCGGCGCGAGCCGGAGCGCCUGGCGGAGGAGCGGGCGCAGCUGCUACAGCAGACGCGCGACUUGGCCUUCGCCAACUACAAGACCUUCAUCCGCGGCGCCGAGUGCACCGAGCGCAUCCACCGCCUCUUCGGCGACGUGGAGGCGUCGCUCGGCCGCCUGCUCGACCGCUUGCCCAGCUUCCAGCAGAGCUGCAGGAACUUUGUGCAGGAAGCUGAGGAGAUCAGUUCCAACCGCCGGAUGAACACCUUGACUCUAAACCGGCACACAGAAAUCCUGGAAAUUCUGGAGAUUCCUCAACUCAUGGACACCUGUGUCCGGAAUAGCUAUUAUGAAGAGGCCCUGGAGCUUGCAGCCUAUGUUCACCGGCUAGAAAGAAAAUACUCCACCAUCCCUGUCAUCCAGGGCAUUGUGAAUGAAGUGCGCCAGUCCAUGCAGCUGAUGCUGAGCCAGAUGAUCCAGCAACUGAGGACCAACGUCCAGCUCCCCGCCUGUCUCCGUGUCAUCGGCUACCUGCGGCGCAUGGAUGUCUUCACUGAGGCCGAGCUGAGAGUGAAGUUUCUUCAGGCCCGAGAUGCCUGGCUCCGCUCUAUCCUGACUGCCAUCCCCAGUGAUGAUCCCUACUUCCAUAUCACAAAAACCAUUGAGGCCUGCCGUGUCCACCUCUUUGAUAUCAUCACGCAGUACCGCGCCAUCUUCUCCGAUGAGGACCCCUUGCUGCCCCCCGCCGUGGGCGAGCACACUGUGAAUGAGGGUGCCAUCUUCCAUGGCUGGGUGCUGCAGAAAGUCUCCCAGUUCCUGCAAGUGCUGGAGGCUGACCUCUGCCGAGGGAUAGGCGGCCGCCUGGACUCUCUGCUGGGCCAGUGCAUGUACUUCGGGCUAUCCUUUAGCCGGGUUGGGGCUGAUUUCCGGGGACAGUUAGCUCCCGUUUUCCAGCGGGUGGCUAUUACCACUUUUCAAAAAGCAAUUCAGGAAGCAGUGGAGAAAUUCCAGGAUGAAAUGAAUUCCUACACCCUCAUCUCGGCCCCAGCCAUCCUGGGCAGCAGUAAUGUACCUGCUCCCAUGCCAGCCACUCAGCCAGGCACGCUGCAGCCACCAAUGGUGCUCUUAGACUUCCCACCCCUUGCCUGCUUCCUUAACAGUAUUCUAGUCGCCUUCAAUGAUCUGCGUCUCUGCUGCCCGGUGGCCCUGGCACAGAAUGUGACAGACACUUUGGAGGAUGCCCUUGCCAAGGUAACUAAAAUAAUUCUGGCUUUCCAUCGUGCUGAAGAGGCUGCCUUCAGUAGUGGGGAGCAAGAGCUCUUCAUCCAGUUCUGCACUGUUUUCCUGGAAGAUCUUUUUCCUUAUUUAAAUCGCUGUCUUCAAGUCCUUUUCCCACCAGCUCAGAUAGCACAGACUUUAGGCAUUCCACCCGCUCAGCUCUCCAAGUACGGAAACCUUGGGCAUGUGAACGUCGACAUGGUCCAGGAGCUUCUUGCCUUCAUUCUGCCUAAGAGAGAGACGGUCUUCUCUCUAGACCAGGGGCCAGUGCCUGAGCUCAUGGCUCCGGCACCAGAGCUGCCUGCUGAGGAGCCCAGCCUGGAGCCUCCAGCAGCAGCCUGCCCCGAGAGUGAGGCGGCGGAGAUGGAGCCCUUGGAGCUGCCCCAGGAGCUGGCAGAGGGGGAGCCGCGGCAGGCUGAGCCCCCCAGUGUAGAGCUUUAGCUAGCGCUGGGCAUCCCCAAGGUGGAGCCUUAGCCUGCGCAGGCUGGGGGCCAGCUCCUAAGGCAGGGACUACCGCGCCCAGGGAAGGCUCGAGGGGUCACUGGGAGCAUGUAGUCGGGGAAUAGUCACAUGGGGGUAUCUCGAUUGCUCUAGUAGGAGGCUGGAUGACAAUAAACUUGACCAGUGGUCACAA